AUGCUGAAAGUUACCUACCUCUUUCUAUCUAUCUAUCUAUCUAUCUAUCUAUCUAUCUAUCUAUCUAUCUGUGCCUGUUCUUAUCUAUCUAUCUAUCUAUCUAUCUUAUGUAAUUCUAUAAAUAUACACCUUUAUCUAUCUAUCUAUCUUUCUAACUAUCUAUCUAUCUAUUUAUCUAUCUAUCUGCUCAACGCCAUCUUUCGUCAUACAUCUAUCUUUCUCUGUCUCAUGCUUUCUUUCUCUUUCACCAUCUCUCUUCUUUACAUUUUCUAUUUCUUUCUCUCGCACACUUUGUCUGCGUCCGUCCUGCACACUGCUAUUUUCCCCCAUCCUCUUUCAUCAGGUUCCGGCUUUUUCAUUCGCCUCCUUUCUCUUCUUCCUUUUUGUCUCUCCCUCCUUUUGUUCAUUGCUUUUUCGUUUCUUUGCACCCUUUCUUUUAUUUUCCCAUCUUCUUUCCACCCCUUUCUUCCUCUAUUUUUCCCAUCUUUCUUCCUCUAUUUUCCCGUCUUCUUUCUUUUCUUUCUUCUUUUCCUGUUUUUCUUUCUUCAUCUUCUUCCUCUAUUUUCCGUUUUUCCCAUUUUCUUCUUUCUGCACCCAUUUUCUUCCUCUAUUUUCUCAUCUUCUUCCUGCACCCUUUUCUUCCUCUAUUUUCCGUCUUUUUCUGCACCCCUUUCUUUCUUCUUUUUGCACCCCUUUCUUCCUCUAUUUUUCAUUUUCCUCUAUUUUCCCGUCUUCUUCCUGCACCCCUUUCUUCCUCUAUUUUCCCGUCUUCUUUCUGCACCCCUUUCUUCCUCUAUUUUCCCGUCUUCUUUCUGCACCCCUUUCUUCCUCUAUUUUUCUUCUUCCUGUACCCCUUUCUUCCUCUAUUUUCCCGUCUUCUUUCUGCACCCCCUUCCUCUAUUUUCUUCUUCUAUUUUCCCGUCUUCUUUCUGCACCCCUUUCUUCCUCUAUUUUCCCGUCUUCUUUCUGCAACUUUUUCCUCAUUUUCCCGUCUUCUUUCUACCCCUUUCUUCCUCUAUUUCCCCCUUCUUCUUUCUUCUUCCUCUAUUUUCCUGUCUUCUUUCUUUUCUUUUCUAUUUUCCUCUUAUUUUCCUUUCUUCUUCUUUCUGCACCCCUUUCUUCCUCUAUUUUUUCUUCUUCUUCCCUCUUCUUUCUAUUUUCCCCCUUUUCUUUUUUCUUCCUCCUAUUUUCCCAUCUUUUCCCAUCUUCUUCCUGUCUUCUUUCUACACCUUUCUUCCUCUAUUUUCCGUCUUCUUUUCUCACCCCUUUCUUUCUAUUUUCCCGUCUUCUUCCCUUUCUUCCUCUAUUUUCCCCGUCUUUUUUUCUUUCUUCCUCUAUUUUCCCGUCUUCUUCUUUUUUUCUUAUUAUUUUCCCAUCUUCUUUCUGCACCCCUUUCUUCCUCUAUUUUUCUUCAUCUUCUUUUUUCUUUUUUUUCUUCCUCUAUUUUUUUUUCUUCCUGCACCCCUUUUUUAUCUUUUCCUGCAUCCUUUCUUCUUCUAUUUUCUCUUCGUUUCUGCACCCCUUUCUUCCUCUAUUUUCCCGUCUUCUUUCUGCACCCCUUUCUUCCUCUAUUUUCGUUUUCUUUCUGUUCUUCUCUGUCUUCUUCCUGCCCCUUUCUUCCUCUAUUUUCCCAUCUUCGUCUUCUUUCUUCCCUAUUUUUUCUUCUUUCUACCCCUUUUUCCCAUCUUCUUUCUGCCUUUCCCCUAUUUUCCCCUUCUUUCUGCACCUUUUUUCCCGUCUUCUUUCUGCACCCUUUCUUCCUCUAUUUUUUUCCCUGCACCCCUUUCUCUUUAUUUUCCCAUCUUCUUUCCUUUCUUCCUCUAUUUUCUCUUCUUCUAUUUUCCUGCACCCCUUUCUUCCCCUUUCUUUCUGCACCCCUUUCUUCUAUUUUCCCAUCUUCUUUCUUCUUUCUAUUUUCCCGUCUUCUUUGCACCCCUUCUUCCUCUAUUUUUCAUCUUAUUUCUUCCUAUUUGCUUCUUUCUGCACCUUUUUCUUCCUAUUUUCCCCAUCUUUUCUUCCUCUAUUUUCCCGUCUUUUCCUGCCAAAAUUUCCCCUUUCUUCUUUCUUCUUUCCCCUUUCUUCCUCUAUUUUUCCCGUCUUCUUUUCUGCACCUUUUUCCCUAUUUUCCCAUCUUCUUUCUGCACCCCUUUCUUCCUCUAUUUUCCCGUCUUCUUCCUGCACCCUUUCUUCCCCUAUUUUCCAUCUUCUUCUUUCUGCCCUUUUUUUCCAUUUUCCCUUCUUUCUGCACCCCUUUCUUCCUCUAUUUUCCCCUUUCUUUUCUUCUAUUUUCCCGUCUUCUUUCUAUUUUCCCAUCUUCCCCUUUCUUCCUCUAUUUUCUCAUCUUCUUUCUGCACCCUUUCUUCCUCUAUUUUUCUUCUGCACCCUUUUCCUCUAUUUUCCCAUCUUCUUUUCUUCCUCUAUUUUCCCGUCUUCUUUCUGCACCCCUUUCUUCCUCUAUUUUCCCAUCUUCUUUCUGCACCCCUUUCUUCCUCUAUUUUCCCAUCUUCUUUCUGCACCCCUUUCUUCCUCUAUUUUCCCAUCUUCUUUCUGCACCCCUUUCUUCCUCUAUUUUCGUCUUCUUUCUGCACCCUAUUUUCCCUAUUUUCCAUCUUCUUUCUGCACCCCUUCUUCCUCUAUUUCCCAUCUUCUUUCACCCCUUUCUCCUCUAUUUUCCCGUCUUCUUCCUGUACCCCUUUCUUCCUCUAUUUUUCUUCCUGUUUUCUUUCUGCACCCCGUCUUUUCUUUCUUCCUAUUUUCCCAUCUUCUUUCUGCACCCUUUCUUCCUCUAUUUUCUCAUCUUCUUUCACCCCUUUCUUCCUCUAUUUUCCCGUCUUCCUUUCUUCCUCCUUUCUAUCCAUCUUCCCUUUCUUUCUCUAUUUUCCCAUCUUCUUUCUGCCCUUUCUUCCUCUAUUUUCUUCUAUUUUUGCACCCCCGUCUUCUUUCUGCACCCCUUUCUUCCUCUAUUUUCUUCUUCUUUCUAUUCUUCCCGUUUCCAUCUUUUCUGCACCCCUUUCUUCCUCUAUUUUCCCAUCUUCUUUCUGCACCCUUUCUUCCCUCUAUUUUCCCAUCCUCUAUUUUCCUCCCAUCUUCUUUCUGCACCCCUUUCUUCCUCUAUUUUAUUUUCCCAUCUUCUUUCUGCUUAAGCCCUUUUGCACCCCUUUCUUCCUCUAUUUUCCCUAUUUUCUUCUUAUUUUCCCGUCUUCUCUUUUUCCCAUCUUCUUUCUUUUCUUCUUCUAUUUUCCCAUCUUCUUUCUGCACCCCUUUCUUCCUCUAUUUUCCCCUGUCUUCUUCCUGUACCCCUUUUCUAUUUUCUGUCUUCUUUCUAUUUUCCCAUCUUUUUUCUUUCUUCUUCUAUUUUUCCCGUCUUCCUGCACCCUUUCUUUCUAUUUUCCAUCUUCUUUCUUUCAAUUUUCCCGUCUUCUUUCUGCACCCCUUUCUUCCUCUAUUUUCCCAUCUUCUUUCUGCACCCCUUUCUUCCUCUAUUUUCCCGUCUUCUUUCUGCACCCCUUUCUUCCUCUAUUUUCCCAUCUUCUUUCUGCACCCCUUUCUUCCUCUAUUUUCCCGUCUUCUUUCUGCACCCUUUCCCCUCUUUUUCCCAUCUUCUUUCUAUUUUCCUAUUUUCCCGUCUUCUUUCUUUGCACUAUUUUCCCAUCUUCUUUUCUGCACCCUUUUUUAUUUUCCCGUCUUCUUUCUCUACCCCUUUCUUCCUCUAUUUUCCCAUCUUCUUUCUGCACCCUUUUUUCUAUUUUCCCUCUUCUUCCUUCCUUUCUUUCUAUUUUUCCUUCUAUUUUCCCGUCUUCUUUCUUCUUUCUUCCUCUACCCCUCUUCUUUCCCUUUCUUUCUAUUUUCCCGUCUUCUUCCUGUGCAAAUUUUCUUUCUAUUUUUCCCAUCUUCUUUCUGCACCCUUUCUUCCUCUAUUUUUUCCCAUCUUCUUUCUGUACCCUUCCUUUAUUUUCCCCCCUUUUCUUCUUCUAUUUUCCCGUCAAUUGCACCCUUUCAUCCUCUAUUUUCCCAUCUUCUUUCGUUUUCUUUUUCUUUCUCAAUUUUUCAUCCUGCAUCGUUUUCUUUUUGAAGCCCUCUUUUUUUUCUUUUUCUUUUUCUUUUUCUCUCUCCUUCCUUCUAUCUGUAAGUCAUUCUUUUUUGCAUUCUCCUUCUUUAUUUCUUUCAAUUUUUCCCCGUCUCUCAGGAUCUGAUCCUAUCUAUUGCAUUUGUGAACCGGCCAAAUUUUUGCUUCCGUCAUUCGGCCACAGUCACGAAACCCCUGUCCAUAUUUAUUCUUCCGACACGAGGGGAAACGUGUCAGAAGACAUCACUCAUCUUGGACAGAGAAUUCUUCAAGAGCCCAGAGAAGUUCAGUUAUGA